AUGGGUGAGUACAGGGCUGGGAAGUGGGUGCUCCUUGCCAGCAACGGGGAGAGCAAAGCUUGGCCCAGGGACUGCAGCGAGGUUCCAGCUGGCAGCCCCAGCGGUGUGUACAUCAUCCAGCCCAUGGGCCUGCACCCCAUCAUGGUGUCAUGCGAGAUGAGCGGGGCAGGCAGCAGCUGGACCGUCAUCCAGAGGAACCGGCGGGACACGGACAUCACCUGGGCCGAGUCCUGGAGCACCUACAAGCACGGCUUCGGGAACGUGCACACUGAGUUCUGGCUGGGCACCGAGUACAUCCACCAGAUCACCAGGCAGAAGAUCUACCAGGUCAGGUUUGUCAUCUGGGAUGCUGCAAACAAUAUGAGGUUCGCAGACUACAACCUGUUCAGCCUGGAUGAUGAGUCCCAGGGCUACCGGCUGAGGCUGGGAGCACACUCAGGGACAGCAGAGGAUGCCAUGGAUUCAGACAAUCCCAGGAAAGUGCACAACAACAUGAAGUUCUCCACAAAGGAUCGGGAUCAGGAUACGUACAGAGGGAACUGUGCCUCACGCUAUGGGGGUGGCUGGUGGUACUCAGCCUGUUACUCGGUGCAGCUGAACGUCAAGGGGGGUCUGACAUGGGGCAAGCUGUGCAAGGGGAACUGCAGAGCCUCGGCCAUCCUCAUCAAACCAACUCCAUACCCCUAA